CGUGUGUGCGGUACACUGACAACGACGGCGGUUUAAUUUCUUGUGCAGUCACCAUUUAGACAUUACCGCGCGUGUACACUUCUCCAUAUCCGCACGUUCAUCGCACAAUUUAUUUCAUAUCUCCUCAUUUAUUUUAACUCGUUGUAAUUAUUGUACGACAUUUAUCUGCCGAUAGUAUCAAUCAAUCAGUCAUCGAAGAACUUGAGGAUUUUAAUUACACAGGCGCUGUUUUCGUAUCACCCGGUUUUGUCACCCGGCCGGCGUAUUGCAAUGACUUCCAGGCGAAAACUGCACUGACAAUAAGUACACACUAAUACAAUUGAGUGUACCAGUGGGUAUUGCUCGACAACCAAACUGUAUCCCCUUACAUAGUGUUCAGCGACAGAGAUACGACACAUACAACUCACGGAUUGUAAAAAGCUAACUAGGGUAUUGUUUGAAAUGAAAUUCUUCAAAAUGAAAUUGUUACUAUUGUGUUUUUUUUUACAAACGUUGUUCAUAGUAUAUGCCAAGUGUGAAUCUGGACCAGUUUAUGUGGACGCAAACUCUCAAUAUGACAGUCCUGAACCAUUUGCCUCUUCUGUGGUAUUACCAGAUAGUCAAAUCACUCAAACUGUUUAUGGAUUUUUAGAUUUUACAACAACUAUUGGAAACACUAAAAUGGUGUUCAUGCCUCAAAGUGCCUCUCCUUUGCCGGUCAUUACAGCUGUAGAUCAAACAACUACUGAAGAAUCAUUCACAACAAUCGAAGAAAAACCAGUGUCCAAAGAACAGUUGGAAACUGAAUUUGUGGAUAUAACUCCAAGUAAACCAUUAUAUCAACCAGACGAUCAACUACCAAAUGAAGAAGCUGUCAUAACAAUCAAAGAACUUAAUACAACUCCUGAACCUACAACAAUAACAACUAAUGAACCAACAUCAAUUGAUGAAGAUAAAAAAAAUAACCAAGAAAAAAAAUCUGGAACUUUUUCAACUCAAAAAAAAUUAGUCGUAAAAUCGACAACGCCAAUUCCUCCAAUGGAGGGAGUUUCUCCUGAGGCCGUUGAAAAAAAUAAAAAGGAUUUCAUAAGUUCCAAAGUAGUUGUUUUAACAGGUACUAAAGUUGUCAAUGACAUAAUAACAAAAGAAGACGUUAUUGAAGGUAUUAGUUCUCAUUCUUCUAGUGAUAUCCCAGAAAAAGUUAUUUCGAGUAAAGUAGAAGUAAUUUCUGGUGAGCCUGUCCAAGAGGUUGCUAUAAAUCAUUUAGCACCUACACCUGAAUACGAUUUCCUCUCUCGGCAGCCAUCUGAAGUGGUAGAUGAAACAUUUAAAGUGAUUGAUUUAAGGCCAAGCGCAUCAAGAUUAGUGGUUAACCAAAAAGGCAAACCACGUGCAUUUAGUAGUGUAUCAAAUUUUAAUAUAGAUGAAGAACCGGUUACUAAUAAAACACCAAAAAAAGUUACAGUCAAAAUUUCACCUUCUUCAUCUGGAAUUCGUAUAUUAAAAACAGUUGCUCCUAAAUCAGCUAGUAGACCACCAAGUAUUGAACCUACUCCGUCAACCUCUAACUUAGAAGAUGAAUCAUUAGAAUAUUUAGUUGGAUCUCAACCAAGUUCAAAUUUAGUUAGACAAUCUAGAAAACCAGUUAUUAAUAUUAGUACAAACAAAAAUAAAUACACACCUACACCAAAAAAUAAACCUCGAGAGUCAGACGAUUAUCCAGCAGCAGUAGAUGAAGAAAUUAAUGAGUACUCUCAAACUCAAAAUGAACCAACAACACCCAGUUAUAGAAAAGGUUCUAAAUAUUCAACAAAAGGUACAACAACUACACAAAAAUCGUCAAACUUUAAACAAAAUAGAUUUAUUAGACCAACCACUGAAGCUCAAGAAGAUAUCACUGAAGGAUCUAUCACUCAUAGAAGAUUUGUCCCUAGUUCUAAACGCAAUGAAAACAAUGCAGUUGUAACUCCUACUACAACGUCUCGUAGAGUUUUCAAAAAACAUUUUCAACAACAAGAGCAACAGCAACCUUUACAAUCACAGUCAAACCAUCAAUCCAUACCAACUCCACCAAUAACAUUCAAAUCUAAACUAGUUCGACCAUCUGGUCGAUGGGAGUAUAAAACAUCUCCUAAACCUCGUGUAACCAUUCGCCGGAUAGAUGACCUGCGACAUGGCCAAGAAAAUAAUACAACUCCAGUCACACCGCAUUUGCCUGACGUACAAGUAGAUAAUAAUGAUCAAGCGUUGGCAGGAUCUGGUUUAUUACCAGCUUUACAACAUGACGAUGAUAAUGAUGUUCUUAUUCAAGAAUCUACUCCAACAGCAACCGCUGAAACUAUUAGAGUAGAGAUAUCAACACCUGCUGAAUUUAAAGAUAUUUACUAUGAAAUUGCAACUAUCAAAUCACCGUAUUCUUUUCAAGUUGGAUCUGUGAAAAACACUAGAUUUAUAACUGUCACAUCUACGUUCCAAAAGAGUCUUGUCGAGCAAACUGAAAGUCCUCAGCCAUCUAGAGUAGAACCACUAUCCGAAAACAUACUUGCAAGCACUGUCAAUAACUUAUAUGGUCGCGAACACCCAAUUGAUUCUAGUAUAGCUACCUUGCCCCCAAUAGCUUUAUCUCCUGACCAAGCUACACCACCAUUAGAAACUAUGACAGAAAGUUUCAGCACGACUGAACUUAUGUUAAAAACUCACAUUUUACCAGUAGUUCGAGGUAGUGAUACAAGCAGCUAUACUUUAAUCCAAUCUUACAAGGUUACCAGAUUAAUAACAGCAGUGAAAACUCUACCUCCCAUGGAGGUAUAUCAAUUUGUUCCAAGUAAAACAUUGAAUGAGUUUAAUACAAGAUUAGAUGAGGCUGGAUCUGAACUUCAUUUGGAGCUUGAGUAUGGUGACAAUAAUAAUGAAGAUGAUUCUCAUCCAAAUGCAGCAAAAGCGUUUCUGGACAGUUUAGAUCUAGCUAAUGUUGGAUCAAAUUUUGAUGUUUCACAAAUGGAUAAAACAAAUGGUUUACGUUUAAAGAAAGCACAUAAAUUCCCCAAUGCUACUAAUAACAAUAAUAAUUUCUCCAGUUCAGCCCCUCCAACUAUGAGUCCUGAACAACUUCAACAACUGGCUCUCUAUAGACUACUUAAUCCAAAUGCUCCAGUGCCUGCUCCAGUUAUUACAACUUCUAGACCAGUUUUAAAAUUGGAAACAUUGUAUGAAACACACGCCCUUCCUAUAGUGAAUGGUGGUAGUACAUAUUAUACUACUCUAUCUAGGCCGAUUGGAACAGUUACACGAACAGAUUUUGAACUUUUCACGACCACCCUAGCUAUACCUCAACCUUCUGCUCUAUUUCCCCAACAAUCAAUUUUACAACCACAACCUUCUUUAUUUCCUCAGCCUUCCCAAUUUCCACAACAACCAACCCUAUUUCCUCCACAGCCUACUCUUUUCCCACAACAGCCAUCGUUUACCGUAAUGUCCACACCAGUUAUUACCGAAUCAAUGGUCACUCAAACUGAUAGUAGAGUACUCAAGCUUACAUUUGGUGCUAAAACUGCUUAUACUACAUUGUACUCUAGUUCUGUUUUUCCCACUCAGGUAACUUCAUAUUUGACUCAGUCUGUUGCCGUUCAACCUACGAUAGCUCAAUUCCCUAAUUUCAUACCGUAUGGUGGAUAUCCAUUUAUAGGAUAAUUCAGUUGUCGCGUGCCAUGACUUGUAAAUAAAAAAAUCAUAUACAAUUAUAUGCUCAAAUAUAAAGUAUUUUUGAAAAAUAACCUAAAAAGAGGUUAUAAAAAUUAAUGAAUAUAUUUUUUUAAUAUAACUUUUAUUUAAAUAGUUAACUAUUAAUUAAAUAUGUUGAUUAAUAUAUUGUUAUGUUGUUAAAAACAUAUAACACCAUUUGCGUGACUAAAACUAGUGGAAAUAUGCAAUACGUCAUCUAUUGUUACUAACCGAUAUAUUGAUUGAAAAUUUCAUUAGAUAUUUUUAAAACAAAAAAGUACUAUCUAGAGAUUUUUGCGCAUUUGGUAAAUAAAAAUAAAUUUUAUCAAUUUAAUUGGAAUGUAUGAAAAAUACUUUUUCUCAGACAAUUGCUUGGUAACUUUUGUACAUUGUCAAAGAAAGAACUUACUAAAUUACUAUUAAACUCUUUCGUUCAUUUAUCACCCUACCAGAAUCGAACUUUGGAAGUCAGCCAAAAGUUUGAGGUGUAUAUUUCCACCUCCUCUUUAUAUAAACCUUGCUCUUUUACUGGAAGUUUUUCCUCGACAUUAUAAAACAAAUCUGGUUACGAGUUGUGAUUAAUUGCAUGGCCUUUACUAAAAAUUAUUUUCAAUAGAAAUUGUUGCCAAAAACCGAUUGAAAAAAAAAGUAAAAUAAAAUUAAAGAGUAUAAUAUAUUCUAUUAUAAAGCGUAGUGAAUUAUUUUUAUAUUUUUUAUCUGUAAUUAUAUGUAAUAAGUUAUCUUAUUUUUUAAAUAUAUUUUUGUAUUUUGUAACUAAUGUUUUUAUAUUUGAAAAUAAAACUUUUGUACAGAUUUAUUUAA